AUGCUCAAUGUCAGACUACAGCCCAGCAUGCUCAAGAUUCUCGUCGGCGAGAAAGAGCAAGUCUUCGUCAUCCAUGAGGGCGUACUCACGACAAGGUCCAAAUUCUUCAAGAACGCGAUGCAGAAGGGCUGGAAGGAGGCCGAAGACAAGAUCGUGAAACUACCCGAGGACGACCCGACCGCUUUCGAACUCUAUGAGCAGCUUGUAUACGCUGGCCACGCCGAGAACGGCGCGCAGGCCGAUGACUGCUGCGAUCCUGUCACCCUCCAAUUCGGAACCGAAAGCUACGUACUCUGCAAGCUGUACGUCUUCGCAGAAAAGCUCCAGGAUUCCAAGGCCAAGAACAAGAUCAUGGACACGCUCGUGGAUAGGAUCGAGCAAGACGUGACCAUUAGCUACUUCCCCAAUCCGAGGGCCAUCAAGGUCGUCUACGACGGCACACCGAGUGGAUCUUUGGCUCGCCGCUUGAUGGUCGAUCUCUACGUCGGAAGGGAUCUCACGCGUUUCUUCGACACUCCAGACUGGCAUCCCGAGUUCAUGGCCGAUCUCAUCAAAGAGUUUUACAAAUCCGCUCAUCUACGCGACACAGACCUUGCGAACAAAAGGAAAUAUCACGACCUGGAAUAA